GAGUGAGUGUGUGUGUGUGUGUGGUUCGCGUAAACGUGUAUGUGCGUGUAAAUGUGUGUGUGUGUGUGUGUGCAGGCUGUGUCCACUGUCAGUCUGCUGGCUGCAAGCAGGGAAGACAUUUCUUCCUCCCGACUCGGACUCCAACUCCUUCCCGCCACUCUCAAACUAACAGGUGCCAUGGCUGAAAGGGUGCUGGUGGUUGGCGGUGGAGGGCGGGAGCACGCUCUGGCCUGGAAGUUGGCACAGUCGCCACACAUUCAGCAAGUCCUUGUGGCUCCCGGGAACGCAGGGACAGCAAACUGCGGGAAGAUCAGCAACUCUGAGGUAUCUGUGAGUAACCACGCCAUUUUGGCUCAGUUCUGUAAGGACCAUCAUGUGGGGCUCGUGGUGGUCGGCCCAGAGGUUCCGCUCGCUGCGGGUAUGGUGGAUGACCUGACGGCAGCAGGUGUACCAUGUUUUGGCCCGUCUGCCAGAGCCGCCGAGUUGGAGGCCAGCAAGAGCUUCUCCAAGGCCUUCAUGGAGCGCCACGGCAUUCCCACGGCCCGCUACGGCUCCUUCACCAACGCAAAGGAGGCUUGCAACUACAUUCGCACGGCUGACUUCCCAGCGCUGGUUGUGAAGGCCAGUGGCUUGGCAGCGGGUAAAGGAGUUAUUGUGGCACAAGACCAGGAAGAGGCCUGUCGGGCAGUGAUGGACAUCAUGAAGGACCGAGCGUUUGGUUCUGCUGGCGACACAGUGGUGGUGGAGGAGCUUCUCGAAGGCGAGGAAGUAUCUUGUCUGUGCUUCAGCGAUGGCUCCACAGUGUCGUCAAUGCCUCCAGCGCAGGAUCACAAACGGCUGCAAGAUGGCGAUCAAGGUCCGAAUACAGGUGGCAUGGGAGCCUACUGCCCCACCCCUCAGGUGAGCCAUGAGCUACUGGUGCAGAUCCGAGAGUCUGUGCUUCAAAAGACCGUGGAUGCGAUGAAGCAAGAGGGAGCUCCUUAUGUUGGUGUGCUGUAUGCCGGCCUCAUGUUAACCCAGAAGGGACCCAAAGUUCUGGAGUUCAAUUGUCGCUUUGGAGACCCCGAGUGCCAGGUCUUGCUGCCCUUGCUGAAAAGUGACUUGUAUGAGGUCAUUUUGAACACGAUUAAUGGCAAGCUGGCCUCUAGCGCCCCUGAGUGGCACAAGGAAAAAGCCGCAGUGACCGUGGUGAUGGCGAGUGCCGGCUACCCAGGUGCCUACAACAAAGGAAUGGCCAUCACAGGUCUGUCCCAGGUGGAAGACAUGGGCAUCCAGGUGUUCCACGCAGGUACAGGGCUGAAGGACGGACAGGUGGUGUCCAGCGGUGGGCGCGUCCUGACGGUCACCGCGGUCAGACCUUCGCUAGAGUCGGCACUGCAGGCAGCCAAUGAGGGAGUGGCUGCGGUCGGUUUCCCGGGUGCUGUGUACCGCCGUGACAUUGGUCACCGGGCCAUUUCCCACCUGAAGCAACGCAGAGGCCUGACUUAUAAGGACAGCGGCGUGGACAUUGCUGCGGGCAACAAGCUGGUGGACAUAAUCAAGCCUCUGGCCAGGGCAACUUCCCGCCCAGGAUGUAAUGCAGAGCUGGGAGGCUUCGCUGGACUUUUUGACCUUAAAGCUGCAGGAUUCCUCGACCCGGUUUUGGUAUCUGGAACUGACGGUGUUGGGACCAAACUGAAGAUUGCCCAGGCGUGCGGUCAGCAUGGCAGCUUGGGUCAGGAUCUAGUCGCCAUGUGCGUGAACGACGUCCUGGCUCAGGGAGCAGAGCCGCUUUUCUUCCUCGAUUACUUCUCCUGCGGAAGCCUGGAUGUGAACGUGGCCGCCGCAGUGGUCGCUGGCAUCGCCAAAGCCUGUGAGAUUGCUGGCUGUGCUCUGCUGGGUGGAGAGACCGCAGAAAUGCCUGGCGUCUACGGCCCUGGGGAGUAUGAUCUAGCCGGGUUCUGCGUGGGAGCAGUAGAGCGUAGCGCCCUGCUGCCGAGACUGGCAGACAUCACGGAGGGAGACCUGUUGAUUGGAGUGGCAUCCUCUGGUAUCCACAGCAACGGCUUUAGCCUGGUCCGCAAGGUCCUGGAACGUGCAAAUCUAAGCUACAGCUCCCCGGCACCCUUUGGCCACCCGGGACAGACUGUUGGAGAGGUUUUGCUGACGCCAACAAAGAUCUACAGUCGUCUGCUGCUCCCAAUCCUGCGCAGCGGUGCGGUGAAAGCCUACGCUCACAUCACCGGUGGAGGACUUCUGGAAAACAUUCCUCGGGUUUUGCCCCAGGAGCUAGCAGUCGAUAUAGAUGCGUCUCGUUGGAGCAUCCCACCAGUGUUUUCCUGGCUCCAGAAAGAGGGCGGACUGAGCGAGGAUGAAAUGACCCGCACUUUCAACUGCGGCCUGGGAGCAGUGCUAGUGGUGGCCCCGAUGGAGGCUCAGAGGGUCUUGCGGCAGCUGCAGGCCCACGAGGAGGCCUGGAUUGUGGGCGCACUCGCUCACAAGCAGCCUGGUACUGAGUCCGUGGCGGUCCGCAACCUGAAGCACAGCCUGCUGAGCGGCGGUCCAGCUUCCAAGAAUGGCAAUUGCCUCGGUGACAUCAGCACGCCACACAGGAGGACCAAAGUCGGCGUUCUCAUUUCAGGGACAGGUACCAACCUGCAGGCGCUGAUCGAGCAGGCCAGGCGUCCAUCGAGCUGUGCAGAGAUCGUGGUGGUCAUCUCUAACAAGCCUGGAGUUCAGGGCCUCAAAAGAGCAGCACUGGCUGGGAUCCAGACACGGGUGGUGGACCACAAACUCUACGGGAGCCGAGCGGAGUUUGAUGGCACCAUUGACCGCGUCCUUGAAGAAUUUGGAGUGGAGCUUGUGUGUCUGGCUGGUUUCAUGCGGAUCCUCACGGGGGGUUUUGUUAAGAAAUGGAACAGUAAGAUCUUGAACAUCCAUCCAUCCUUGCUGCCGUCCUUCAAGGGUGUGAACGCCCAAAAGCAGGCUCUCCAGGCCGGGGUGCGGGUCAGCGGCUGCACGGUCCACUUUGUUGCAGAGGAGGUGGACGCAGGGGCCAUCAUCGUGCAGGAGGCGGUGCCAGUGAUGAGCGGCGAUACUGAAGAAAGUCUGUCAGCCCGAAUCAAAGAGGCUGAGCAUAAGGCCUUUCCUGUGGCGAUGGAGCUGGUCUCCAGCGGAGCUGUCCAUCUUAGUGAGGAUGGACGUGUCAUCUGGAGGUCACAUUAGUCUUUGCAUGACUACAGCUGAGUAAAUGUGUAGUGUGACACUGUUACAAACAUUCCUAAUGUGCAUGCAUUUCUCUAUCUACUCCAAUUGUUUGUGUUUGAAUGUACUUGUGUGAAUGAAUUAGAGCUGCACAGAACAAAAAAUGGUUAAUCUAUCCAUCCAUCUUCUUCCGCUUAUCCGGUCAGGUUGCGGGGGCAGCAGCCUAAGCAGGGAAGCCCAGACUUUCCUCUUCCCGGGGGAUCCCGAGGCAUUCCCAAGCCAGCCGGGAGACAUAGUCUUCCCAACGUGUCCUGGGUCUUCCCCCAUGGCCUCCUACUGGUCGGACGUGCCCUAAACACCUCCCUAGGGAGGCGUUCGGGUGGCAUCCUGACCAGAUGCCCAAACCACCUUAUCUGGCUCCUCUCGAUGUGAAGGAGCAGCGGCUUUACUUUGAGCUCCUCCAGGAUGGCAGAUUCUCACCCUAUCUCUAAGGGAGAGCCCCGCCACCUGGCAGAGGAAACUCAUUUCGGCCGCUUGUACCCGUGAUCUUAUCCUUUCGGUCAUGACCCAAAGCUCAUGACCAUAGGUGAGGAUGGGAACGUAGAUCGACCGGUAAAUUGAGAGCUUUGCCUUCCGGCUCAGCUCCUUCUUCACCACGACGGGUCGAUACAACGUCCGCAUUACUGAAGACGUCACAUCGAUCCGCCUGUCGAACCCACGAUCCACUCUUCUCUCACUCGUGAACAAGACUCCUAGGUAUAUUUGAGGCAAGCUCUCCUCCCCAACCCGGAGAUGGCACUCCACCCUUUUUCGGGCGAGAACCAUGGACUCUAACUUGGAAGUGCUGAUUCUCAUUCUGGUUGCUUCACACUCGGCUGUGAACCAAUCCAGUGAAAACUGAAGAUCCCGGCCAGAUAAAGCCAUCAGGACUACAUCAUCUGCAAAACACACAGAUGUAAUCCCGCAGCCACCAAACCAGAAUCCCUAAACGCCUUAACUGCGUCUAGAAAAAAUGGUAUUCUUUGUAAAUGGUUUACCUUGAGGCGGCAUUGCUCGGUUGGUAGAGUGGCCGUCCCAGCAACUGGAGGGUUGCAGGUUCGAUUCCCGCUUCCACCAUCCUGGUCACUGCCGUUGUGUCCUCGGGCAAGACGCUUUACCCACCUGCUCCCAGUGUCACCCACACUGGUUUAAAUUUAACUUAGAUAUUGGGUUUCACUAUGUAAAGCGCUUAGAGUCACUAGAGAAAAAGCGCUAUGUAUAAAUAUAAUUCAAUUCAAUUCAAUACCUUUACUUGUAGUGUAUGCACAUAUACUGUAUACCGUAUUUGCUUGAAUUGCCGCAGGACAUAUAGUAUGCACUUGCCUUGAAUUACUGCCGGGUCAAACUCGCUUCACAAAAUAAUUAGCGCCUCGUCAAACUCGUGACAUCACGAGUGACACUUCCCAUGUCAUCAUUUUCAAAAUGGCAGAGGCCGAUUUCAAUACAGGUAAUUUGAAAUCGCAUAAAGGGAAGAAGAUUAAGAGCUAUUCAGUAAGAUUUAAGGUCCAAGCUUACAUCACACUCAAAUUUUUACUGCAUACCUUUAGUAAGUGCCGAAGCGAGAAGAAGUUUUAAAAUAAUUAGCACAUGCUUACUUUUACCACAUGCCUUUGGUAAGUGCAGGAGUGAGAAGAGGUUUUAAAUGAAUUAGCGCCCCGGCGGCAAUUCAAGGAAAUACAGUACACAUUAUGUACACAGUACAUGUGUGACUCCUCAGCAGUAAAAUAGUUACUAUAUUUUGUUCUGUACAGCAACUUCUUGUCUACAGUCAAUGACUUGUCAACAUAAUUAUCAAAACUUGUCCAUGCAGAUGUAAAGCAUGAUCAUUUUUGCAGCCUCCCUUAAAUCCAGAUUAAACUGAACCUUUUUGUUA